UUCUCUUGAUCCAACGGCCACUUUCCCCACUCAUAUCCCAAACCAUAUCCACCAAAAACAUAAAAAUUCACUCUCUGCCACGAUCACACUCUGCCCCUCCUCCGCUUCAGCUCCAACCCCAAAAAAAUGGCCUCCAUUGCUCUCAAGUCCUUCAUCGGACUCCGCCAAGCCUCCGCAGAAAAGCCCCAUUUCACAAUCCAAGCAAAACCCAUUUCUCUAAACCCUUCAAACCACCGGAGGUUCCAGGUCAAUGCCGCCAAAACCAGUCCAAAAGUCACGGGUCGAAACCUCCGGGUCGCCGUCGUCGGAGGCGGCCCUGCAGGCGGCGCUGCCGCUGAGACCCUCGCCAAAGGCGGCAUUGAGACGUUCCUAAUUGAGCGAAAAAUGGACAACUGUAAGCCCUGCGGCGGCGCAAUCCCGCUCUGCAUGGUGGGUGAAUUUGACCUCCCAUUGGACAUCAUCGACCGCCGGGUCACCAAGAUGAAGAUGAUUUCGCCGUCCAAUGUGGCCGUUGACAUUGGUCAAACUCUGAAGCCGCACGAGUACAUUGGGAUGGUGAGGCGUGAGGUGCUGGACCAGUACUUGAGGAACAGGGCGAGUGAGAAUGGGGCGACUGUGAUAAAUGGGUUGUUUCUGAAGAUGGAGAAACCGGGAGAUGGGGAGGCGCCGUACGUUCUGCAUUACACAGAGUAUGAUGGCAAGGUCGGUGGGGCUGGUGUGAAGAAGAGUUUGGAGGUUGAUGCUGUGAUUGGAGCUGAUGGGGCUAAUUCUAGAGUGGCUAAGAGUAUUGAUGCUGGUGAUUAUGAGUAUGCCAUUGCCUUUCAGGAGAGAAUCAAAAUCCCUGAUGAUAAAAUGGUGUACUAUGAGAAUCUUGCUGAGAUGUAUGUUGGUGAUGAUGUCUCACCGGACUUUUACGGGUGGGUGUUCCCUAAAUGUGACCAUGUAGCAGUUGGUACCGGCACUGUGACUCACAAAGGAGACAUCAAGAAAUUCCAACUUGCAACAAGAAACAGAGCCAAGGACAAGAUCCUAGGCGGCAAAAUCCUGCGAGUGGAGGCACAUCCAAUUCCCGAACACCCCCGCCCCCGAAGGUUAGCAGGCAGAGUAGCACUCGUUGGUGAUGCAGCGGGGUAUGUGACAAAAUGUUCGGGUGAAGGCAUCUACUUUGCAGCAAAGAGUGGUAGGAUGUGUGCAGAGGCAAUAGUUGAGGGGUCGGAGAAUGGAAAGAGGAUGGUAAAUGAGGCGGAUUUAAGGAAGUACCUGGAGAAGUGGGACAAGACUUACUGGCCUACUUAUAAGGUGUUGGAUGUGUUGCAGAAGGUGUUUUAUAGGUCGAACCCGGCGAGGGAGGCUUUUGUGGAGAUGUGUGCAGAUGAGUAUGUGCAGAAGAUGACCUUUGACAGCUAUUUGUAUAAGAGGGUGGUGCCUGGGAAUCCUUGGGAGGAUUUGAAGUUGGCUGUGAAUACCAUUGGGAGCUUGGUAAGGGCUAAUGCACUUAGGAGGGAGAUGGAAAAACUUAAUGUAUGAAAGGAGGAAGCCUUCUCAACUGUGUAAUUUUCUUUUGUUUUUUGUUUUUGUUUUUCCUACUUCUGUAAUGAGGUAACAGUUUCCUUGGAACCAACAGACUGAGUGGGAAUUCCCCAUUGGAUUACCAAGAGAGUUUGUAGUUAUGAUAUAAUAUAGUGUUAAUGGUUUUAUGGUAUGUGAAAUUGUGAAUAAAGAAAAUGGUUGAGUUGGAUUGAA